UGAAAGUAUUUCUGUGUCGUUUUCAUGUCCUCUGUCCUCUAAACCUGUUCAUCACUCUGAGGCAGAAAUGUGUCCCUCUAAACCUGCUUCUGUCUCUCGUGCAGCCUCCGUCAUCAUGUCGGCUGUUAAAUCCGGAUCGUCGCUGCGGAGUCUGGUUCUGACUCCGGAAAGGAUCCCAGACUUCCUCAUCCCCUCCCGCAGUCCGCUCCUCUUCGUCUCUCCGCGGCUUCACCGGGGCUCACCAGAUCGGACCAGACUGCUGUCCGACCAUGAUGACGACAGUCCAGGGGCCAGCCCCCCCGGGACCCCAGCCAGCCCCGCGGCCUCUCGCCUGCUCCGCCUGCCGCCGCCGCGGAUCAGACGUCCCCGCCGCUCCGCCGCCGCUGCUGCGGCAGAAUCUGCGGACGCCGACACGGAUCUGACAACGCACGCGGCCAUGUCGCUGCCUCACGUGAGGAAGGUGACCACGCCAUAUGGCUUCCGCGCUGUGCUGGCCGCGAGCCCCUGCACGCGCCGGCGGGAAUCCCUGUUUCACCAAAAUAAACCGGUGACGCUGACCUUCUCAGACAGCGACCUGCAGGACCCGGCGGACCCCCGUCGUCCUCCUAGUUCCCGGGUCUGUCCGGUGACGUUGACUGUCCCGGACAGCGACCUGCAGGACUCGGCGGACGCCCCUCCUCCCGGCAGGUCCCGGGUCUGUCUGCUGCCCGUUAAGGCUCUGGGUCUGCAGAUGAUGAAGGAGCUGAGGAGACCUGUAGCCGCUCUGAAGGCUCUGAGCCCCGCCACGAGGAAGACACAGCCCCGCUGA